ACACACAAUCAAUGAGCGGUCAGUUUCACCAUUUUUAAGUUUUUAACUGAUUACUUCCUCAGUUUGUCCUCCAACUGUCUGAUUAACAAAAAUCAAAUCUUUAACUUCGCCACAAUUAUUCCCUUCUUUAUUUUGAUAAAUUUAUCUGAAUUCACUACAUUAUAUACUACCUAGAAUAUGUAUAGGGACUACUUUCUUGAAAUUAGUAGCUUCAACCUUCAGCAUCCGAGAUCUCGAGGCCACUUUGAAUUUUGGUGAGGAAUCUUCAAUUUACCCAUUUAUCCUGGUGUUUGCUGUUUUUUCUCAGUAAAGAUUGAAUUUUUAGCCAUUUUGUAUUAGGAUUUUAGCUUGUUUUGCCGUGGUGUAAACAAAGCAGCUUCUUGAUGUUGUUUGUUUGUGAAAUUAGAAUUGAGCAAAGUAGAGUAGUUUUGGAUAUUUGCAGUGUUAGUUUUGUACUCUUCUAAUUUCAUGCUAUUCUUGCUCAAGUUUGUAUUUUUAUGUGAUUUUGUGGGUAUUGCCUCCGUAAAAGGAAUGCAAGAUUAGGGUUUCUUUUGUGUUUCACUUUGAUUAGCUAUGAUUCUCUUAUCUGCACCCCAAAAAGGUUAGGAUUUGGAGAUUAGCAUUUCUUGGGGUAAGUUAGCUGUACUUUCAUUUGGGGAAACAUUUGUUGUUGAGAGGGAGUUUUUGAUCUUCCUGGAAAUGGAUUAUCGUCGUGAGAAUCGAUUAUCUAGUGGCGAUGUGGUUCAUGUUCUAUCCCGGAGCUCUCAGAAUCCUGUCAACGAGACUUGGGAAUCUGCGCUCGUUGAUCAAGCAGUUUGGGCCACAGAGGAUGACUAUGGGAUGUGGAACGGAGAAGCCUCAUUCGACACCAAUUCAAACUCGAGCUAUGAUGGGGCUCGUGCAGGAAGUGAGCCACCGAAUAAGAGAUCAAGGGGUUCCAAUUCAGGAGAUGGGGCAGCUUCUAACCGGUCAAAAGCCAUUGGAAAGAUGUUUUACAAAACUAAACUAUGUUGCAAAUUCCGGGCUGGGACUUGUCCGUACAUCACCAAUUGUAAUUUCGCGCACAGUGUUGAGGAGCUCAGAAAACCACCGGAUAAUUGGCAAGAAAUCGUGGCAGCACAUGAGGAGGAACGAGCAUCAUCAGCUGAACCAAGGGAGGAGUUUCAGAUCCCAAUUGUUGGGGUUAGUGAUGAGACACAGAGGUCUUACAAAGGAAGGCACUGCAAGAAGUUCUACACCGAGGAAGGCUGCCCAUACGGGGAGAACUGCACUUUCCUUCACGAUGAGCAGUCCAAGGCCAGAGAAAGUGUGGCGAUAAGCUUGGGCCCAGGCAGUGGCACUGGCACUGGCACUGGCAACAGCAAUGGCGGUGGCAGUGGAUAUGGAGGCGGCGCGAGUGGGCCUACCUUGAAGCCUUCGAAUUGGAAAACAAGGAUUUGUAACAAAUGGGAGCUUACUGGAUACUGCCCUUUUGGAAGCAAAUGCCACUUUGCUCACGGUGCUGCAGAACUACACAACUUCGGUGGAGGGGCAACAGACUCAGAUGCUAAAGAUCCAUCCACUCCCGACGCCAAACAACUUGUGAGAACAUCAGUUGAUGCUGUCAUUGCAGGUCUUCCUCACACCGAGGGCUAUCAUAUGGGAAUCCCACCCCAGAGACUGUCCAACGCGAUACAGAGAACCGGACAAAGACCUAAUCAAAAAUGGAAAGGCCCUGAUAAGAUUAGCAAGAUCUAUGGUGACUGGAUUGACGAUCUCUAAUGGAUAGAGAGGAGGAUAGAAUCUGGUGGUUUGCUGAAUAAAGGUGGUUAUAAGAACUGUUGUAUCAGAUGUUGCUCUGUAGAAUAAAGAACAGCGUUCGUCUCUCACCGUCUGGAAGUUCUUCCAGCUGGUUUUUGUAUUUCGUAGCAAUUUUCCCUUUCUUACUGUCACAAGAUUGUGUCUGCUGUUUGUAUUAGUUGGCAAUUUUCACAUGCUUUAUUUAAGUUAUGGUGGAGAAAUUAAA